GUCGUUACUCAUCGUUCGAGACAAGCGGUUGGACCCAGAGCCCAGAUUAGCCGAAUCAAAAUGAUGGAUGUGGAGGUGCGAGAACUUAUGCAAGCCUUUGUGCUGAGUGACUACCAGGUUCAAGAGGUGUACAGUCGAUUCUGUGCGGAAAUAUCAAAGGGCUUGAAGCGGUCCACACAUGCACUAGCCAACACCAAGUGUUUUCCGACUUAUGUGCAAGACUUGCCGACGGGCGACGAGAUGGGGAAGUAUCUCGCGCUGGACUUGGGUGGAACAAACUUCCGAGUGCUGCUUGUUUCCCUCAAAGGUCACCACGACGCCAUGGUGGAGUCCCAGAUAUAUGCAGUUCCGAAGGAUUUGAUGGUUGGCCCUGGCGUCGAGUUAUUCGAUCACAUCGCUGACUGUCUCGCCAGAUUUGUGGAAAAGCAUGAAAUGCGAAAUUCCCAUCUCCCACUAGGUUUCACCUUUUCGUUUCCCUGCGAACAGAAAGGUCUCAAGGAGGCCAUUUUGACGCGCUGGACAAAGGGCUUUGGCUGUCCGGGUGUGGAAGGCGAAGACGUUGGUCGUUUGCUGCAUGAGGCCAUCCAGCGACGGGGCGAUGCGGAAAUUGCCGUCGUAGCCAUACUCAACGAUACCACAGGCACUCUCAUGUCCUGCGCACACCGAAAUGCUGACUGUCGUGUAGGCGUUAUCGUGGGAACUGGCUGCAACGCCUGCUACGUCGAAGACGUAGCGAACGUGGAUCUUCUGCACGCGGACUUCAAACGAAACCAGAAAGACGUCCUGGUCAAUGCAGAGUGGGGAGCCUUUGGUGAGAGCGGCCAACUGGAUUUUGUGCGCACCGAAUAUGACCGCGAGGUGGACGAUACGUCGAUCAACAAGUCGGAGCAAUUAUUUGAAAAAAUGACUUCCGGCAUGUAUCUGGGAAGAUUAGUUCGUUUAAUACUGAUGCGCGCCAUGCAGAGCAAAGUCAUAUUCAAGUUAAGCAAUCGACGGGAACAUUUUGCCACCGCGUUGCAAAAAAAUGAAGACGUCUUUGAAACACGAUUCAUAUCCGAGAUUGAGUCGGAUUCUUUUCCAGAAUUUUCGAAAACAAGAACUAUUAUCACGGAGCUUUUUGGGCUGGAGAAGGCCUCAGUCGAAGACUGCCAGAAAAUUAAGUACAUCUGCGAGUGUGUGUCCAAGCGGGCGGCCACCUUGGUGGCCAUUGGCGUCAGUGGCCUGAUCAACAGAAUUUCAGACCGCAGAGUUGUUGUUGGCAUGGACGGCUCCGUGUACAGGUACCAUCCUAAAUUUGACGCCUACAUGCGCAAUACAAUGCACAAGCUGGUGAAGUCGGACAAGGAGUUUGAUAUUAUGCUAUCGGAGGAUGGUUCGGGGCGUGGUGCGGCUCUUGUCGCCGCUGUCGCCAGUAAGACGAAGUGAUAGAAUAAAAAAUUGGCUCAUUCCUGGAACUUACA